CAAUGGCAUGCGUGGCACAAUACACUAACACGGAACCUCCGAAUCCUGAUGCCAGCUGUGAUCAAAGGUGCACCACUUUGGUCAUUUACUCAAACUAAAUUAAUCUAGCACAGUUGCUCCACUUUGCUCCACCUAUUUGAUCAGCGGUAUUUAUUAGUGUUUUGCUUUUAUCUGUCGUGUCCUGUAGCAGUACUAGUACUUCGUAGUAAACAUUACAUGUCUGCAAGAAAACGAACCCGUCGCUCUCCGGGAGACGUGCCUCUGGAAGCGGACAUGGAGGUCGGGAAGAAUGGGGAGAAGAGGCACGUCGCUGCCCUGAUCCUCGCUAGAGGAGGCAGCAAAGGCAUCCCGCUGAAGAACAUCAAGAUGCUGGCCGGAGUGCCCCUCCUCGGGUGGGUGCUGAGGGCUGCGGCGGACGCAAACAUGUUCGACAGUAUCUGGGUCUCCACCGACCACGAGGACAUCGUGAAGGUAUCCCUGGCCUUCGGGGCCAAGGUUCACCCCAGGAGCCCGGAGGUCUCAAGAGACUCGUCCAGCUCUCUGGAGGCCAUCCAGGAGUUCGCCCGGCUGCACCCAGAGGUGGACGUGGUUUGCAACAUCCAGGCCACGUCGCCCUGCCUGCACCCGUUCCACGUGAAGGAGGCGCUGGAGAAGAUCACGCUGGAGGGCUACGAAUCGGUCUUCUCCGUGGUGCGGCGACACCAGUUCCGCUGGCGGGAGGCCAAGAAGGACACCGACGGCGUGACCGCCCCUCUGAACAUGAACCCCAACAAGCGGCCGCGGCGGCAGGACUGGGACGGGGAGCUGUGUGAGAACGGAUCCUUCUACUUCGCCUCCAGGGACCUGAUCCUGAACCACGGGGUGCUGCAGGGAGGAAAGAUGGGCUACUAUGAGAUGUUACCGGAGUACAGCGUGGACAUCGACGUGGACAUCGACUGGCCGGUCGCUGAGCAGCGGGUGCUGAGGUUCGGUUACUUCGGCAAGGACAAGUCGGAGGUGGUGCAGCUGAUGUUCUGCCACGUCUCGGGCUGUCUGACGGACGGACAGACGGCGCUGUCGGCCUCCGGGGACGAGAUGGUGCACAUGAACACCCGCGACAUCAUGGGCAUCCGCAUCCUGAAGAGGGAAGGGGUGGAGGUGGUGCUGCUGGUGUCGAAUGAAGACGACAUGUCUGAAGUGCUUUCUGACAAGCUGGCGACGAGGACCGGUUGCGUGGUCAAGCAUGUGGGAGAGGAGACCCUGUUGGAUGUGGAGAAGUGGCGAGAGGAGAAGAAGCUGGACUGGAAGGAGGUGGCGUUCAUGGGCUUCGACGAGCCGGACGUGGAGUGUCUGAAGCUGGCCGGGCUCAGCGCGGCGCCCGGGGACGCGCCCGCCGUGGCGGUCAACGCCGCCAAGUACGCCUGCCGCGCCCGAGGGGGGCAGGGCGCCGUCCGGGAGUUCGCCGAGCACAUCCUCCUCCUCAAGAGGAAGGCCAAGUGUCAGAUGGAGCGCGACCGCAUCAACCGCGAGAACUUCUGAGGGAACGCCGCGUCGGACGGAGGAACGCCGCCUGGGACGGAGGAACGCCGUCUGGGGCGGAGGUACAGCGUGACGGAGGACGGUUCACUGGACGAGUGCAAACGAUUGUGCGACAAGGAGAUUAUUUGGGCUUGUUUAACGAUCACAAAUCGGUGAUAUUUUAGGAGGGUUUAUCGUUUUAGUUUUUGGGGAUUUGACAUGUGGAUGAAGGAUUUUUGUUUUUUUCAAAGCAUGGUGUGUGUGCGUGUGCGUGCGUGCGUGCGUGCAUGUGUGCGAUUGGUCUCCCAUGUUGACCAGCGAUCCAACGUGAACAUUGCUUGAUUGCAAGUGGGGUGCCGGAAGCAUCCUCAGAUUAUCUCUGUCCUGGUGCUGUUUACCUGAUUGUUUUGUGAUUCUUAAUUUGCUUUGAAGAAGCAAGCAGUUAUUUAUGUUCUUUUUAAUUUGAGUUGUAUCUGGUGUGGAGUAGUGUCUAGAUUCGACCACCAGAGGACGCUGUUGUGUUAAAGAUGAUAUAAUUGAAAACUCCCUUGUCAUUGCAUUCUAUCCUAUGUAUCAGGUUUUUUGAAAAUCCUUGGAAGUGCAUCAACAGUUUUUUCGUUAUUUGUCACACAAGCUUGCAUCAACUGGACUAUUAAUAUUUCUAAUUUAUUAACUUUCUCCUACAGUUAAUGCUCUGUACUGCAGAUACUACAACCAAACUCAAAUCUUCUUAACAGCAUAUGCAUCUUCUCCUAAUUUGUUUUUUGUCAAUGAUAAUCUAUGGUUAUGGUCACUGAAUGAAUAAAAUAGAACAUUAUUUAUCAAUACGUUGAUUCUUUUGUGUCUUCAAUCUAGUUGGUCAACAGGCAGCACAGGAGGUUGAAAUUGGUCCAAAUUAUUUUGCGAGCGUUUUGAUCUGAUUUGUGUGUGAUGUUUGAGAGGGGCAUUGAAACAGAGUCUACAGAGUGUUAACCUACAGCACUCACCGUUGUGCCAUCAGGACACCUGAGAUGCUGUUCUCUGAGGUUAUACUUGACUUUACAAGUCACAUGAUAUAGCAAUAAGUGAUCACCUUUAAAGUAAACAUUUUGGUGGUACCCCAUACUUCAUGGCUGUAUGUGACAGAACCUGAACCACAAACCUGCAGAAGGGUCCAGCUGCAGGCUUGGGCGUUUCCGUCAUGACACAAGAACGCCCUUUAGGCGUUCCUGGUAGCGUUUCAUCGACCAAUCACGCAGUGUUUCGAAAGGCAUACUGGGUUUCGCAAGGCAUACUGCGAAGCACAGUCGCAAGGCAUACUAUGCUUUCCUUCCUUAAUUUUACCUCUCUCAUUCGAUUUAGAAAUCAUGGAGCCCCCACUUGUCUAACGAAAUGCGCAUGCUCAGUGUUUCUCUGUUGAAUAUCAGUGUGUAAGCUAUAAAAUAGGCUAUAUAGGAACAUUUUAAAAGUAUAACAAAGAUGGAGGCCUAUUCAACAUAUUUGCAUACUAUUAUUUUAAAAUGAAAGAGUGGUUUUGUUUUACAUAAUUUGUUUAUUGUAUUGUAUAAGUCGCUGAUGGAGGAAACCCAUCGCAACGGAAAUCCCGAUCGGAUCCAUCUGAGUGUGUGUGUGUGUUUGUGUGUGUGUGUGCGCGUGUGUGCGUGUGUGUUUCUAUUCUAUUAUAUUCUAUACAGUGUUACCCUUUAAGUUUCAUUUGAUAAAAACGACAGUGUCUUAUAUUUUUUUCCCAUGAUGACUGAUGAAAAACAACCCUUGUUACCCCUUAUAUUUUAUUUGACACCCCUUGACGACCAAUAUUUUACAAGGACAACACGACAGUGUUACCCCUUAUAUUAUAUUUGACAAAGACAACAGUGUUUCCCCGUAUGUUUUUUUUUCAUGACGACCAUUAAAAAACAACAGUGUUACCCCUUAUGUUUUAUUCGAUACAUUUCGACAGUGUUACCCCUUAUGGGUUUUUCAUGAAGACAGAAAACGAACGACAGUGUUACCCUUUACGCAUCUUUUGAUAAAAACAACAGUGUUACCCCCUAUAUUUUAUUUGACAAGGACAAUGUUUUUUUUUUUCAAAACUGUUUUUUUUCAUGACGACCAAUAAAAAACAAGU